AAACAAACAAAAGUUUUGCCUUUUCAGCUCAACUCCAACACAAGUUUGUUCCAGCGGAAAUAUGUGGGUGAAGUGAAGAAGUGUGAAGAAAUGGAGAGAAUAUUGGGAUACCUAGUACAGGAAAUAAAGAAAGCAGACAUCCCUCUUCCGGAAGGAAAUAUCACCCCUUCUGCCCCUCCACUCAAACAGAUGUUGGAAAUCCAGGAGCAACUUCAGAAGCUGGAGGUGGAAUUGAGAGAAGUGACCAAAAACAAGGAGAAGUUGAGAAAAAACCUUUUGGAGCUGAUAGAAUACACCCACUUGCUGAAGGUCACGCAGUCCUUUGCCCAAAGAUCUACCGAGCUCGAGUCCUCAAUACAGAGCACUUUCGAAGAAUUCCCAUCUUUCGAUCAUGUUCCUUUGGUGGAGUAUAACUGCAUGCACAGACUGGAGGCCAAACUCGGAUUUAUAUCUGGCUUAGUUCACCGAGCAAAAGUGGAAGCGUUUGAAAAAAUGCUGUGGCGGGUGUGCCGAGGAAACACAAUUGUUUCUUACUCUGAGGUGGAAGACUGCUUGGAGGACCCUGAUACAGGAGAGUUGACCAAGUGGUUUGUGUUCUUAAUAUCCUACUGGGGGGAACAAAUUGGCCAAAAGGUGAAGAAAAUAUGUGACUG